CAAUGACCUAUCUAUAGUCAAGUUUCCAAUGGAUUUAUAUUUUGUAAACCCUCAUCCUAAUCCCAAAUUUGGUUACUCUACUCAUAUGAACUAUCAUGUUCCUUCUUCCUCCUCUAAAUCCUCUAAUGAGUUUAUACUAUCUGAAUAUCUCAUGCUUGAUGAUUUUUGUAUUGAUCAAACAUACCAUGAUCAAGAAUCUAGGUCACAAAGUAUUGAAUCAUUAGAGAAAGUAACCUUUAGUGAUGCUAAUCAAGAGUUCAAUGAUGCAACCUCUAACAACAAUAACAUAAAGUACAAAAAUGGGAUUAAAGGAAAAAAGGGAGAAGUGGGGCCAAAGAUAGCAUUUAGAACAAAAUCAGAAAUUGAGAUUAUGGAUGAUGGAUACAAAUGGAGGAAGUAUGGAAAGAAGUCUGUGAAGAACAAUCACAACCUAAGGAAUUACUACAAAUGUUCAAGUGUUGGAUGCAAUGUGAAGAAAAGAGUGGAAAGAGAUAGAGAUGACUCAAGCUAUGUGAUAACAACUUAUGAAGGUGUUCACAGCCAUGACAUUCCGUUUACCUCCUACUGCAGCCAAAUCUCUUUUCAAUAUUCUGAUGCAUAAUUAUAAUUAGGCACUUUAGUAUAAACUCACAUCUUAUUUUGUUCGAAUGGACAACCACUAUAUAAAUGAGAAAUGAAAAUUAUUACUUUAUCAUGAUUUUGCUCUUAAUCAUGUC